CUGUCAGGCAACACGUGCAUUCGCUGUUUUGUAUUUGUGUUUGGAUUUUAUUUUGACCAGAUUUAAUUGACAAAAUGAGUGAAUCUGCUCCCGAAAACGUUCCUUCGCAAAAACCAACAAAGGUCAAGAAGCCCGUAAAACCGGAGAAUAGCAUUCCACGUGGUCAACCGAAGUCCAAUCGUCCAUGGAAGACGCCUAAACAAAAAUUCAGCAAGAUCAAGAAGACAGUAAACAGGCUUUCCUUCGAGAAGAAGACAGCUCUGCGCGACGAACUUCGUUACAUUAAGGAGCGAUCCAAGGAGAUCAAAGACAAGCGUAAGGAGGACGCCGUACAGAAGCAUCAGCGCCGCGUAGAGAACGCAGAACGUCGACUAGCCAACGAACGGCGCUCCGAGGUCGUCCAGGUCAUUAAGAAUCCCGCCAAGCUGAAGCGCAUGAAGAAGAAACAAAUGCGCAUGAUCGAGAAGCGAGACACCAGCCAGGUGAAGGUGGUCUAAGCUAUCGGUUUUCUAGAGUUAACUUGUAUUUUUUGUGCUAAAUAAAUCUAGUUUUAACAAUUAUUAA